AUGGCAAUGUCUCUCAUCCAAGCGUGCCGCAGUCUGGCUCUCUCAACAUGGCUGCUUUCCUUUUGUUUCGUGCAUCUGCUCUGCCUGGACUUCACCGUGGCCGAGAAGGAGGAAUGGUAUACCGCCUUCGUGAACAUCACCUACGCCGAGCCCGCGCCGGACCCCGGGGCCGGGGCUGCGGGCGGCGGCGGCGGCGCCGAGCUGCACACGGAGAAGACAGAGUGCGGGCGCUACGGGGAGCACUCGCCCAAGCAGGACGCCCGCGGGGAGGUGGUCAUGGCCAGCUCGGCCCACGAUCGCCUGGCUUGCGACCCCAACACCAAGUUCGCCGCGCCGACCCACGGCAAGAACUGGAUAGCCCUCAUCCCCAAGGGCAACUGCACGUACAGGGAUAAGAUCCGGAACGCGUUCCUGCAGAACGCCUCCGCUGUGGUUAUCUUCAACGCGGGCUCCAACACCAACGAGACCAUCACCAUGCCCCACGCAGGUGUCGAAGACAUCGUGGCCAUUAUGAUUCCUGAGCCAAAGGGGAAGGAGAUCGUGAGCCUGCUGGAAAGGAACGUCACUGUGACCAUGUACAUCACCAUUGGGACCCGGAACUUGCAGAAAUAUGUGAGCCGCACUUCGGUUGUGUUCGUCUCCAUCUCCUUCAUUGUCCUGAUGAUCAUUUCCCUCGCAUGGCUGGUCUUUUAUUAUAUCCAGAGGUUUCGAUAUGCAAAUGCCAGGGACAGGAACCAGCGCCGACUGGGAGAUGCAGCAAAGAAAGCCAUCAGCAAGCUCCAGGUCAGGACCAUCAAGAAGGGUGACAAGGAAACAGAGCCGGAUUUUGACAACUGUGCAGUUUGUAUUGAAGGAUACAAGCCCAACGACGUGGUCAGGAUCCUGCCCUGCCGGCAUCUUUUCCACAAGUCCUGUGUUGACCCCUGGCUUCUAGACCAUCGCACCUGCCCCAUGUGCAAGAUGAACAUUCUUAAAGCCCUAGGGAUCCCGCCCAAUGCUGACUGCAUGGACGACCUACCCACUGACUUCGAGGGCUCUCUGGGAGGUCCACCAACCAACCAGAUCACAGGCGCAAGCGACACAACAGUGAACGAAAGUUCAGUCACCUUAGACCCUGCUGUCCGGACUGUGGGAGCCCUGCAGGUGGUCCAGGAUGCAGACCCCACGCCCCAGGAGGGAGAAGCCAUCUUCACCACCAACAGUGAGCAGGAGCCGGCUGGAAGCAGCGACUCUGACAUCUCCUUGAUUAUGGCAAUGGAGGUGGGACUGUCUGAUGUAGAACUUUCCACCGACCAAGACUGCGAAGAGGUGAAAUCUUGAAAUGGCGAACAUAGAAAAGAGGAGGUAGUAGGACCUAAGGGGAUGAGUGCUCCGAUAUUUGGACCGGGCACACACCUUCAGACACUCGGCAACCCCAGGACGCUCUGCUCCGUCCAAGAAUGAUAACGAAAGCAAUACCCAAAGUCUCCUUAAUCAGGAUGCUGUUGCAUCUCCAGGACAGUCUUUGUCCUUGAUUGACAGUGUGGAAGUUGAAGGCUGAUUCUUCCCUCCCGUGUCCUUGUAGGCGUACACUUCAAAAGCUCCUAAAGUAGAGAACGAAAGGAAACCUUUAGGGUUUCUUAGUUUUAAUUCAAUUUUUCCAAGUCUUA